AUGAAGGUGUGCGGUAUGCGUUUGCAAAUGUGCGGUAUGCCGGGGAGGUGGGCAGGGGGCGGACGAGGGGACGGGGGACAGCGAGCGGGGAAGGAGGGCGUGCGACGAGUGCGCGGACGGGGAGGGCGCGGACGAGCAGGGCGCGCGGACGGGCAGGGCGCGGACGAGCAGAGCGCGCGGACGGGCAGGGCGCGGACGAGCAGGGCGUGCGGACGGGCAGGGCGCGGACGAGCAGGGCGUGCGGACGGGCAGGGCGCGGACGCGAAGGGCGGACGAGCAGGGCGCGCGGAAGGGCACGGCGCGGACGAGCAGGGCGCGCGGACGGGCACGGCGCGGACGAGCAGGGCGUGCGGACGGGCAGGGCGCGGACGAGCAGGGCGUGCGGACGGGCAGGGCGCGGACGAGCAGGGCGUGCGGACGGGCAGGGCGCGGACGAGCAGGGCGUGCGGACGGGCAGGGCGCGGACGAGCAGAGAUGGGCGCGAAAUGGUCAGAUUUCAGCGCGGGAGAUGCAGAUCUGGUCGCGCGGAGGGCAGAUCUGGGCGCGCGGAGGGCAGAUCUGGGCGCGCGGAGUGCAGAUCUGGACGUGCGGAGGGCAGAUCUGGGUGGGCGGAGUGCAGAUCUGGGCGCGCGGAGUGCAGAUCUGGAUCUAGGCGCGGGAGGAGUAGAUCUGGUCGCAGGGAGUGCAGAUCUGGGCGCUGGAGUUGCAGAUCUGAGCGCGGGGAAUGCAGAUCUGGGCGCUGGAGUUGCAGAUCUGAGCGCGGGGAAUGCAGAUCUGGGCGCUGGAGUUGCAGAUCUGGACGGCAGCUCCGUGGGUGGGGCUAGAUCUGAGGAACGGGGAGGAAUAGAUGUGAGCUCGGGAGGAGUAGAUCUAAGCUCGGGAGGAGUAGAUGUGAGCUCGGGAGGAGUAGAUCUGAGCUCGGGAGGAGUAGAUCUGAGCUCGGGAGGAGUAGAUGUGAGCUCGGGAGGAGUAGAUCUGAGCUCGGGAGGAGUAGAUGUGAGCUCGGGAGGAGUAGAUCUGAGCUCGGGGGGGAUAGAUCUGAGCUCGGGAGGAGUAGAUGUGAGCUUGGGAGGAGUAGAUCUGAGCUUGGGACGAGUAGAUGGCGCGAGUGUGCCUCUGGUGAGGGCGCUGCAGGUGUGCCUUGAAUCCGGAGUUGUGGGUGCAUGGCCGGUGCCGCCUCACCACCUGCGCCUCUCAGAGAAUGAUGACGACCAGAAACAGGAGGACUAUCUGUCAGUGAGGCUGAGGGCGAUGGUGCGGCUGAACGCAGAGAUAGGGGCUUUGGUGCAUGGCAAGGGCAAGCACCGGCGGGAGCAGUUUGGCGGGGCGGAGGGGGUGGCGGUGCGGUUGCAUCAGAUAUACUGCCGGGUGAAGAAGCUUCAGGUGGAGCUGCAACACUACUUCGUGCGCCCACCCAACCAGUACCAGGCCAUCGUGCAGGAGUCAGGGCUGGGCAUAGAGCAGCGCUUCAAGGGUCACAGCACCUCCUCCUCGGCUCGCUCCAAGGGCUUCAUUCGCGACGCCAUCCUGGGAAAACGCUCCGACUCCUCCGCCCGUGCCGUCAUUGCUCCCGACCCCUCCCUCGCUCUGCAUGAGAUCGGUGUCCCUGACUCCAUCGCUGCUGGCCUCUUUGUUCAGGAGCCCGUGUCUCACCUCAACCUUGACUUCCUGCAAGCUUUUGUCGAUGCGGGGCCAUGCCCGCUGCCGCUCCCACCACCUCUGGACACCGGAGGGGAAGGGGACGUCUGUGGUGGCGGUGGUGGUGGUGCCACUGGUUGGAAUGCUGGUGCCGGUGGGGAUGGGGGUGUGUCUGCUGCUGCUGAUGCAGGCUGGGGUGCUGGUAGUGCUGGUGAUGGGGGUUGGGGUGCCACUGGGGGUGGUGGAGGUGGGGGUGCGGGUGCUGCAGCUAAUACUGGUGGCUGGGGUGCUGCUGCUGCUGAUCAUGGUGCAGGCUGGGGUGCUGGUGGUGCUGCUGGUGGGGGUUGGGGUGCCACUGGGGGUGGUGGAAAUGGGGGUGCGGGUGCUGCAUCUAAUACUGGUGGGUGGGGUGCUGCUGCUGCUGCUGCUGCUGGUGGUGCAGGCUGGGGUGCUGGUGGUGCUGAUGGUGCUGCUGGUGGGGGUGGGUGGGGGGCUGGUGCUUCUGCUGGUGAGGGUGAAGGGGGUGCAUGGGGCACGGAUGGUGCUUCUGAUGCUGCUGCUGGGAAGGGUGGUGAUGCCGCUGCUGAAAGGGGUGGUGCUGGUGGGAGUGGGUGGGGUGCUGAUGCUGCUGCUGGUGGGGGUGGGGGUGAAGGGGGUGCAUGUGGCACAGAUGCUGCCACUGGUGGCAGGGGUGCUGAUGCCGCUGUUGCUGUUGAUACUGGUGGGAAUGGGUGGGGUGCUGAGGUUGCUGCCGUGGAGAACGACGAGGAGAAGAAAGAGGAGAAGGGUGAUGGAGCAGGGCAAGGGUGGGGGAAGAAUGAUAGGGAUAAUGGUGGUGGUGGUCGUUGGGGUGGUGCUGCUGAUGCUCCUGCUGGUGGUGGUUCUGGUGCUUCAGGCGGGGGAAAGAAUGGGGAUGAUAAUGGUGGUGGUGGUUGGGGUGGUGGUGCUGAUGCUGCUGCUGCUGGUGCUUCAGGUUGGGGGAACAAUGAUGCCAGUGCUGGUGGUAAUGCUGGAGGUAAUGCUGGUGGAUGGGGUAGUGGUGCUGCUGAUGCUGGUGGUGCUGCAGGCUGGGGGAAUAACGGUGCCAGUGGUGGUGGUAGCGGUGCUGGUGGUUGGGGUGCUGAUGCCAGUGCUGGUGCUGCCGCUGCUACAGGGUGGGGCAACAAUGAUGCUGGUGGUGAUAACGCUGGUGGAUGGGGAGGGAAUGACGGUACUGCUACUGCUACUGCUGGUGCUGCUGGUGCAAGUGGUGAUGGCUGGGGCAAAUCACCUACUGCUACUACUACUGGAGGUGGUAAUGCCUGGGGGGGCACAGCACCUGAUGCAACCCUACCCCCUGCAGCGUCCCCUUCGUCCGAUCGCCGCCCUCCUCGCCCACCCAACCACGUCCUGCCACCUGUUGGUGCGUUCAGCGUGCUCAUUGGCUCUGAUCCUGCUGGAGGAGCGACAGGAGGAAUCACAGGAGGAGCCUCGGCCAAUGGCGGCACGCCAGAGUGGAUCAAGAUGACUCUGAGCCGAUGGGUGGAUCGUGGCUUGACCCUGCAGGUGGGAACUGGGCCAGGCUCAGGUGCACCUGCAUCAGGUCUACCUACCCCAGACGCACCUUCUGCAUCGGAGCGUGCAUCUGCGGCACUUGCAGCCUUUGUGAGGUCUGCCCUGCUUGCUGGAACCGCAACCACUGCCCCUGCUGGUGCUGCUGGUGGUGCUGGUGCUGCUCCUGGUGCUGGCGGUAAUGGUUUUGGUGGCGGUGGUGGGGAUGGUGGUGGUGGGGAUGGUGGUGGUGAGGGGAGGGUGGUGGGGAUGACGGUGCUGCGCCACUUGGCGGAUGGCGAUUGGCUGCUGCUCAACCGCACGCCCUCGCUCCACAAGCAGAACCUCAUGGCGUUCCGCGUGCGCCGCGUGCCUGCUGCCGUCUCUGCCAACGCGCUCCUGCUCAACCCCCAGGUGUGUGCAGCAAUAGCAGGGGACUUUGAUGGAGACGAGGUGAAUGUGUUCAUGGUGCAGCAGAGCGCCGUGGCUGCUGAGGCAGAGGAGCUUACAAACUCCUUCUUUUUCUCCCUCUCCCUCCCUCUACCAGCAGAGCGCUCCCAUUUCACAAUCCCCCCGCCUUUUCCCCCGCCCUCCCUCUACCAGGUGUGUGCCGCAAUAGCAGGGGACUUCGAUGGAGAUGAAGCACCACCUGUCCCUGCCCAUGACCCUGCUGCUGUCCCCCCUGCUGAUCCCCCUACUCCUGCUCCUGCUCAUGCCCCUGCUCCUGUUCAUCCCCCUUCUCCUGCUCAUGCCGCUUUCCAAGGCUUGGGGCUAGGCUUAGCCCGAGGCUCUCUGCUGACGGGGCUUUCGGCUCGGGAGCUCUUCCGAGCCGCAGCUUCGGCCAGGCCUGCUCUGGUUGCCGAGGCUACGAGCGUGGCUCGGCCGGGUGAGCUGUCCAGGAAGCUGAGGGAAACGCUUAGGGAUAUCGUGGUGGGGUAUGAUGGGUCUGCGAGGAUUGGAGGAGGAGUGGGAGGAAGAGGGGGAGGAGGGAAGGGAGGUAUGGUCGUACAGCUGUCCUAUGGGCGGUUGGGGGUGGAGGAGGAGGGCGAGGGCGGGGACAGGGGCGAGGAGAGGGAGGAAGCAAGGCUGGGAGGUAAAUCUGGGAAGGGCAAGAGUGGGAGAGACAAGGGGAAGGGGAAGGAAAAAGUUGGGCAGAAGGGCACGAAGAAGGGAAAUGAGAAGGUGGAGGAGAAGAAGUGGGGUGGGAGGAGGGAGGUGGGGAAGCAUGUGGGUGCAUGGGCAGAAGCAGGAGAUGCAGUGGGGAUGGCAGCGGCGCAAGCAGUGUCUGCCCCGGCCACACAGAUGGUGCUCAACGUGGGGCAUGACGGCGUGCAUGGUGGCGCCUCUUCCCUCAUUGCCCGGCUAGAGCGACUUCUCUACGCAACUGACUCCUCUCUGACAGUCUUGCUGCGCUUCCUCCCUGCUCAUGCCACCGCACCUACCAACGACAGCAACGGCGCCUCCUCCGCAGCUGCGGACUGUCGCUUGGCUCUGGCAACUCAGGGUCGGCUGCUGCCUCUGCGCGUCAGACAGCUGGCCUCGCACGUCAUGAUCGAAUACCGGAGAAGGGAGCUUAGGCGGUGGGACGAGGGAGUGCAAGCAAGUGAAGCAAAAGCAAGGGGCGAGAAGGAGAGGCAGAGACAGAAGGAGGAUGCAGAAAGGCAGCAGCAGGGGGCCGGUGGAAGGGGAAGGAAGAGAGGGAGAGACGGACGCAGUGGGGAGAGAGGGAAAGGAGGGGCAGGAAAGGGGAGCAGAGGGGCCGGGAGAGGAUGGGAGGAGGAGAGGGCAGGAGUGAAGGAGGCGUGCUGGCGGGUGCACAUUCGGCUGUCAGAGGACGCAGUAGCCAAGGCAUUUGCUUGUCUUCCAGCAACUCGCUUCCCUGAUCCUACAGCCGCCAUCCAUCAAGCUGUGAGGGCAGCCGUCCAAUCACACCUUGACAUGUGGCAUAUGGAGAGGACGGGGAAGGCGUGUGGGGCAGGGGACCUGGUGCAUCUGAUGCACGUGGACAUCAAGUGA